AUGUCUUUAUCCUGUCGGAGCGAUGUCGACUCUCUGAUAAAUAAGCCCACGAGCAAUCGACGGGCUCUUUGUGACGCUACCCAACUCUCCCUUGCCUUUGGAACGGCCAUGUCGACUCCAAUGUUUGCCAUGCCCGAGCCAGAUAUCGUCAAUAGCCCGUCUGAAAAAUCUCUUCCUGUGCUCGCCUCGUACCCUACGCCUUCGAGAAAGCGGUUUGUUGCAAGGUUCAGAGAGGCAAUUCGUGAACCAAUGGCCGAAUUCAUUGGCGUCGCACUUUUUGUGAUCAUCGGCGCUGGCUCUGAUUGCCAGGUCGUCCUUUCUUCGAAUUCCAGGGUUGCAGCGAGCCCCAAAGGCGAAUAUCUGUCUCUGAACUUUGGUUGGGCCAUUGGGCUGGCCUUGGCUGUAUGGGUCAGUGCUGGGAUCUCGGGGGGACAUGUUAAUCCUGCUGUCACUCUUGCACUAGCUACACAAAGGGGCUUCCCCUGGAAGAAAGUCCCAGUCUACAUAUUUUCUCAAAUAAUGGGCGGACUUGUUGGCGCGGCCCUCGUUUAUGCUCAAUACAUCCAUGCCAUCGACAUAUUUGAAGGCGGCCGUGACCAGCGGACCCAACUGACCGCCGGAUUGUUUGCAACUUACGCGCUCGACUAUAUGACAGCAGUGUCUUGCUUCUUUGCCGAGUUCCUCGGAACUGCCAUCCUGGCCUUCAUGAUUAUGGCAGCGACGGACAAGAACAACGCUGCGCCGCCUUUGUAUCUACUACCACUAGUGAUCUUUCUGACGCUCCUUGGACUGGGAGUUGGGCUGGGCAUGCAAACAGCGUUUGCCUUCAAUCCCGCUCGUGACUUUGGGCCACGGCUCUUCCUUUCGAUGGCAGGUUACGGCAAGGCUGUUUAUACUUAUCGAAGUCAGUACUGGCUUUGGUGCCCCAUCCUAGCUCCUUUCCUCGGUGCCCAAGUCGCUGUCGCCUUCUAUGAUCUCUUCUUGUACAAGUCUGGUGGCGCCAAUGCCGUCUCGGAUCAGAGAGAUAUCGACGUAAGUCAUGGGGCGUAG